AGUGCGUCUCUGUAUUUUUUCGAAAUCAUCCCCACGACGAAGAUUACAGUGGAAAUUUGAGGAGUGUGUUGUGUGAGACGGUCUGUGUCGUGAAAGAGGUGGGCGCAGUGGUUUACGUUUGAUGCUCACCUGAUUGGAAAUUGAUUCCUUUGGAAAGAAGAAAAAUAGCAGCUACCCCGUGUCCUUUUCUUCUGCUUCUUCCGGCAUUCUCGUCGUCGCUUGUCCUUUCAUUUUGAACGCACCAACCUCGUUAUUUGCUCGGGAAAAUUAGGUUUCGGCCGUCAAUAAUUCGAUUAGUCUUCCCGACAGAUUUGAGGCGACAUCGUAGCCAAGUGUUUGUAGGGCUACGAACAUUCCACAAUGGUGGAUUACUACAAGGUGCUGGAGGUGAGUCGAAGUGCCACCGUAGCGGACAUAAAGAAAGCAUAUCGACGUUUAGCUCUUAAAUGGCAUCCAGACAAAAAUCCAGAUAAUCAGGAUGAGGCUACAAAGAAGUUUAAGGAAAUAUCCGAAGCCUAUGAAGUUUUAAGUGAUGAAAAGAAAAAGAAGAUUUAUGAUCAGUAUGGCAAAGAGGGUCUACAGACAGGGGGUGGUCCAGGUCCUACUAGACCUCGCACUUCCCGCUCAGCGCGUCAUCACUACCGUUAUGAUGAUGACUUUGAUUACUCUUUCCCCACAUUCACAUUCAGAGAUCCAGAAGAGGUAUUUAGAGAAUUCUUUGAAGGAGACCCAUUUGCAGAAUUAUUCAGUUUUGAUCCAUUUAAUACCCUCGACCACAACAGGAGGCAACGAAGACAAGGUAGACACAGAGGAGGUACAAGCCAUGACAAUGCCUGUGACCUUCACCAUGCCAGUGCACUUAGUAGUAAUUUCUUUACUCCUUUUGGACCUAUAUUUGGCUCUUCGAUGUUCUCUCCAUUUGCUGGUCUUGAAGGGUUCAAUGAUGGUGGCUUUACCUCAUUCUCAUCUCAGUCAUUCACUACAAUGGGAGGUCCUGGAAUGAAACGUACUUCCACGUCAACCAAAUUUAUUAAUGGUAAGAAAAUAACCACAAAGAAGGUGUGUGAAGGAGGCCAAGAGACUGUUCUGACCUUCGAAAAUGAUGUCCUUAAGACGAAGACUGUUAAUGGUGUACCACAAGCCUUAUCGUACUAAAAUUAGUGUUAUUCCCAUGUCUUCACAGUUUGUGGAGGUGAUUGAGAAGUAAAAACUAUGUAGCUAACCUAUGUUUUUUUCUCAAUGCUGUAUUUAUGAUUUCUGUAAGGCAUAGAAGUCUUAGUUGCAGGAACUAUUUUUUAGUAAUGCUUACACUUGCCAUUUUAUUAAGUUAUUGAAAUAAAUUUUUUUAUUGGCAUAGCAGAUUUAGUUAUGACUUAAGUGCAACACUUCCUUUUCUAAGAUAUAUAUUUUCUCCAUUUCAUAAAAGUUAUCUUCCAUAGUCUGUAUUUAUAUAUAUUGCUCGCUGAUCGACCUGCAUCCUCACUGGAUUUGUACUUAUCAAUUUUUUUUUAUCUGAAUUUCUUUUCUAGGUGAUUUCUUGAAAUAUAGAAAAUAACGUUCCUUUGGAGAGACUGAUAAUUAGUUUGCUGCACCUAACAGUUAUAUAACCAAAUGCCUCCUCUUUUGCAGCAGUUACUUAACCAAAUUCUUCCUCUUGUUUGGAGAACAUCAAAUAUGCCUGUUUCUAAUGUGAUUUUUAGAGUUGAAAAGAAUGUUCUUUCAUUUUUUUGAGCGCUUGCUCUUUUCCUAUUUGCUGUAGUAAUAUGAAAGGUUGCGUCAAAACACUGGAUAACUUUUGUAGUUUUCUUGUAUGAAGAGAUUGUGUUAUAUCUUGUGAGGGAUCUAGUAAAGGAGAGAGUAUGUGUGUGUGUGUGUGUUUAUUUAUUUAUUUAUUUUUUUUUGCAGUUGAAUGAAAUGGGAUAUUUGCUUUUAGUGUAAGUUUAAUGGUAUGUGAAAGCUGUUACUUUCUCUAUGAUCCAAUAAAUAGGUUACUUUUGUAAUGUUUGUUGAUUUCAUGCCUCUUUGUUCAAGGAAAAGGAAGUAAAGUCCAGUAAUAUAUAACAUGAGUUGUCCAGCCUUGCAUCUCUAUGGAUCUCAGCAGUUUGUUACUAACCAAACCUUGAUUUUUCUGAAACAACUUGCAAUAAUGAAAUUUGAGAAAUUCUUUUAAGAGUAGUUACUGUGCUUUACCUACACUGAUUUGGUUGAUUUCAUUUAUGUUGGAUUUGCUAGUUAGACAACUUAAAUUAUUCUUCCCUUAAGGAGAUUUUUCUCAAAGAAAGGUUUGGUAGUUUUGUGACUUGUCUGUACAAUAUACUGUUCUAACAAAUGCUGACAGCUGAAAGUCUUUGAGCAGUUUUGAAGCUGGUAAAUAGGCACUUCAGUACUAUACUAGGGAAAAGAGAAAAGCCUUUUUAAUCUAUACAAAAUUGUUCUGGGUUCUUCAAGUAUGUUUCUGAAAUAUGGAGUUUCUACUUGGUUGGGUAAUAAUUCGCCAAAUUUUUGUGCCCAGUCAGGUAUGUGGUAGCUGAAAAUUUAGUGUGAUUUUUACUAUGUAUGAUGAAGGCUCAAAACAAUGAGAUAAAAAUAUUUUUAAGUGGGAUUAAUAGUAUUUUGAGGUAUAUUGCAAACAGCUGUAUGCAAAUAUUCCCGUUGAGAUUGUUUUUAGGUAGGUAGUGAGUAGCUGUCAUUAUUCCAAGAUGCAAGUUUCAGUAGAACGCAGUAAAAAUUCAUUUCCUAAUAAAAAUAACUUUUCUAACACUAUCAAAUUAAUGAAUUUAAGGGCAUCAGUACAUGUUCAGUAGAUUUUUUAUUGAACUUUUGUUUCAUGUAAAUUCUCAUGCUAACUUUUUAGUAAUGUGAAUACUGUACAGACAAGAAGUAAUAUAUCACGGUUGUCAUUAAAAAGAUUUGUUGGCCACAGUACCAGACCCAAAAUUAAGAUCCAUCUCAGAGUUCACUAAGGAAAAAAUUAUUUUUGGUGGAAAUUUGACUUUUUAUGAAAGAGCAGCUACAUGGUGCAACAAUUACUGAGCAUGUAAUUCACAAUGUUUCGGAAUACGUACAUACCCAAAUUUAUUACAUGGUAGUUACAUGUAUAAGUGGUUCAAGUUUAAAUUAAUUACUCAAUGUACUUUCCAAGCUAUAUUUGUAGUUAUACUUUAACAAUUGGUAGCAAUUUAGUGCAAGGAUUCUGUUUAGAAACGCCAAAAUUAGAGGAUUUCCUGCGUGUUACUUUCUGUUGUUAGGUCUUGAGAUAUUAUUUAAAUGUAAUUGUCUAGUGAAGAAAUUUGUUCAUUGGGUUUUAGAAACCUAUCUUAUGUGAAGCCUCCCAGUGUCACUUCUGUAGGUGGAACUGGGAUACAUGAAGAAUGCAAAGGGUCUGUUAGAAGUGUUGCCACCUAUUCCUAUGAAAUGAAGAGAUCCCAAACUUUACAUGAAGAAUGCAAAGGGUCUUUUAGAAGUGUUGCCACCUAUUUCCCUGAAAUGAAAAGAUCCCAAACUCUUAAGGACCUAGAGUAAUUCUCAUAAAAUAUUUGCCAAACGUGAAACUAUGUAAAUUUUCUCUGUUGUGUGUGGAUAAAAGGUUGUAAAAUCUGUUGUGUAAUUAUAAAGAAUUUUGUGCCCAGAGGAAUUGCUUUAUGGUAACUAAUUACCAGUUGAAAAACUAAAAAAAUUCCUUUUCCUUUGAUGAUGUAUUAUGUAGAAAAACAAGACAAUUUUUCUUUGGUUUCUGAAUAAUGCUACUGAUAAGGUUUUGUCCAUUAAAGGAGAAAACAUAAAGGGGGAUAAGGGGACAAAAGAGUUUAAAAGAUCUAACCAAGGGGGAGUGGGGGACAAAGAGGUUAAAAGAUCUGUGUAUUUUCAAAUUGAAGUUGAUUGUUUUGGUUUUGCUGAACUGUAAAGAGUAGAUGGAUCCUGUUUUUGUGUUAAAAAAUUAAUGUAGAAUAUAAUUUCAGAAUUAAAAGAGCAUUUAGUUUCAAAUUCCAGAACUGUAAAAUAAUUUGGGCAUUUUGGAUUACAUUAAGAAUACUGCAUAUAUAUAUAUAUCCAGAAGUCACUAAAGGAUAACCAAUGGCAAUUCAAGUCUAGUACCUUAUUCAAAGGCUAGAAAAAGUCCCAUGCAACAGGAGCCAUUUAACACACUUAGUUUCAACUAUCAUUGCUGUAAAUCCUCCAUGUAUUUUUUGUCAGUCCUUAUGAUAAUGUAGGUUGAAACAAAAGGGUCACUGUUAGGGUAGUAUGCAAAUUAUUUUUAUUAUCUAGAUGAAGUUUUUUUGGAACUAUGAGAUUUUUGUGACUUGUGUUUUAUCUCUUUCUUCUUGAAUGCAUAGAAGAUUUAAUAACUGAAUGUAAAAACACUACAGUACUGUCAUGGUGUUCUUUGGCCUUAAGAGGUCAUUGACUUAUUUUUCACAAAAUAAUGAAAAUAUGAGUAUUUUGUGUAGAGGUUGUAGUACUGGUUUUUGGCUCCUUUUUGUGUUUUUAGUAAUUUUAUAUUUUAAUGCUAUCAGAUUUGAUCAUAUUGCAGUGAUCUGACAUGUUAGGGGAGCUGAGGUACAAAGCUGUUUACUGCAAACAACAUUUAACAGUAUGAGUUCUUGGCCCACUGAAAAAUAAAUCGUGUGAAAGAGUGCAAUAGUUGCUACUCUUAGUACCUUGGGACCUAUGGUAUAAUAAGGGGCAAGGUUGUCAGUGAACUAGAAGCCAUAGAUGAUUAAGGAUAUAUUGAAGUAAGACAUUGUCUUUGGUUAUGUGCUAUCCAACUGUUUUAUCAAAAUUUGUGCUUUUGUAGUACUGAACACUUAAUUAGGAAGGAAGGAAUGGAAACUUUAGUAAUUAAGUUAUGUAUAUUAGGUUGAAUUCAUUAUUGUUUCCAAAAGUGUAACUGAUGACAUUUAUCUUGGUUUGAGCCAGCACAGUUACGCACAAGCAGAAAUGUGAUAAUAAGAACUAUGCUGCCAUGCCUUACAAGUAGUCAAAAAUGGAAAAAAGCUGAAUCAAUUCCAGUGCGUGAUUAAGUGUACUGAUGAAAGUGUAUGUUAUUCCCUCAUAUAUCUACAUGUAUACUGUAUACAUAUAUAGAUAGCUGAACCCAUAGUAUUCUACAUACAGUGGUGAAUACUGUAUUGCAGUUUAAUGUACAUCUAGUAGAUGAUGUACUGUGAAGACACAUUAGCAUAUAUAUGAUACAAUGCUAUAGAUGAGAAUAUCCUUGCUUUCUCUUUUCUUUCUUAAAGCUGUGAGGAUGUGACAGGAGGAUAGUUGUAGACUUUUAAGAAACACCAAAUGCUGUACCCUCAUAACAUAUUUGUUCCAAGCGUUUAUAGUUCAGUACCUGACUGUCGAUGUUAAAGUUGCAUCCUUAACUUUUUUUUUUUUGGGGGGGGGUGAUGAAUAUGAACUACUGUAUAUUUAAUUUUCAGUGGUUUGGUGGAGGUCAAUAUUUUUCUAUACAAUGGGAUACAACUGUCACUAUUACAAUAUAGCGGGUAAGGCAUUGAAGACUGCUUGAUUUGAUUUGAAGGCAGUAAUGCAGGACUAAUUUUGAAAGUGCAAGGCUUAAUUUUCAUCGGUUCUGUUGCGAGUGUUUUAUCAUUUUUAUUCUGUAUGCUACUGAAAGGUUUCUUAGUGGAGAACACUGUUGGCAGGUAAGCUUUAAAAUCUCCAAUAGAAAAGCUGGUGAGAGACUUAUUUCCCAGAGGUUGAGCAUCAAAAUGUAUGAAUUUUGUCACUUAGUAAUGAAGUGUAUCUUUCACUGCAGGAAAUGUUAUUCCUCAGUAGGGUUUGCUAGAAUAAAGAUAUUUAACAAUGCUUUUUAACAGUGAAUAAGCUGAAAUUGCUAAUCUUAAGUAUGCUGGACACCAUUACAACCAGUAGAUUAUAUGAGCAUACAACAAUGAAUAACAGGGGCGUUUAGGAAUUUACAAAGUUAUUUAUGAUUCUUAAUGGAUAUGUCCCCAGUGUACAGAAAUAUUUGUAUUGCUCACUGGUGGAUUCAAGUGGUUUGAGAAACUGAUGCAGUGAUCUGAUUCAUCCUGGGUGAUAUAAAGUAGAGCCUUAAUAGUUUGGUAAUGUUCACAAUCUUAUUUCCUUUUUUUCAUGUGUUAUGCAGAGAAUGUCAAUUUUUAUGCGUAGUGUUAUAAACGAUUUUCUUAAGGUUUUGUAUUUUCACUGCAUAAGCACAAAGUGUAACAUGAAAUUAUUAGGCUUCCCUAAAUAUUUUAUUUUUUCAUUGUGAUGGUAAAUGAAAUAUUGUUCUCAUGGAUGGUAGGGGUAUCCCAAAGUGUUAUUUGUUCUGUGUUAGAAUUGUAGGAUGACUAAUUACUAUUGUUUUAUUGCUAGUUUCUUAAUUUUUAUUUUUACUUGUGUAGGAAAGUGAUUUUCAUUUAGUUCCUCAAUGCUCACAGCUUCCAUGCUAUUGAUUGUUAACUCAGUAGCUUAUAACUUAGCUCAGAUUGAGUGUUCAGUUAUAGGGAAACAUAUUUUGACAAGUGCAGCACUGUACAGUCAUUAAUGUUUGUGGCAAGGUACCCCAAAGACUGAAGGUUGAAUAAUAUUAAGACCUUGCUUUGUUUGUGUAAUAUUUAUGUAACUACAAAUAAUAAAGUGUUUAUUAUCUUUACCUAGA